GCUGCUCCUCACAUCCCUAAUAUAUAUAUAUAUAUUAUAACACAUUAUAAUAAACACAUUAUAAUUUGUUUUCUAUAUUUACGAGUCCAUUUCCCCUCAUCUUUUUCCAACCAGCCGCAUGCUGCUUCACUACAUCAAGCAACUACUUCUUUGCCACUGUAUGAUAGUCAUUCCCCGUCACCUCCAAACUGGACACCUGCUCCUUCCCCUGCACAUUGGUCACCUGCUCCUUCACCUGCACAUUGGUCUUCUGAUCCUUCACCUUCUCAAACAGAUCACUGGUCACCUGAACACUCUGUUUCCACUCUGCCAUCUUCUGUAACAACUGAUAAUUAUGAAACAAUGAUUGAUCAGUAUAACACAUUGCAAAGGUAUUUUAAGCUAUAUAUUUUCACACAUAUUACAGCUGAAUAUUUUACCUUUCUGUUUUAGAGUUGAUCUGCAAAUGAUUUUUAAGAAGCUUCAUAGCAGAGUUGAUCUCCUGAGUUGUCCGACAAGCAAUCAAAUAAAUGUAUAUCGAGACAACAUACUUCAAGGCAGCCUGCAAGCAUUUAAGCGAAGGCGGUUUAAUCCUGAAGCAAGGCUGGAUGUAAUUUUUGUGUAUUCUGAUGGGGUUGGAGAAGGAGCUGUAGAUGAAGGAGGACCAACCAGGGAAUUCCUUUGCUUGCUAAUGAGGGAAAUACAGAAGUCCAAAAUAUUUGAAGGACCAGAAGACAAGAGACUACUGGCACUUGAUACUCAUGCUGUUGAGAAUGGCUUGUACAUGGCGAUUGCAAAAAUGAUUGCAGUAUGCAUAAUUCAUGGUGGAGUAGGCCCCCAUUUCUUUUCAAACGUCUUUUUAUGCAAAUCUGUGGUCAGUGUACACUUCCUGUGUCCCUUGAGUAAAUAGCAGACAGCAGUUUCAAAGAAAAUCUCUCAAAGAUGCUGGAGACAGUCUGUACAUGAUGGGAGCCCUAAGGUACAUCUCAUCUCUUGAAGAGAGGGACUCCCUCGUCCAAUCUGCAGCGGAAUACUUUGUGAAUGGGCGGACAAAUUUGGCUCUCAGACAAUUUGAAGAGGGUUUCAAAACUCUUGAUCUGAUUGACGAGUUUAGGAACCAUCCUGAAAUUUUUGAGGACGUGUUCAUCAAUGCAGUCAGACCACUUGAGGCAAAAGAUCUGUCCACUCUCUUCGAGGUGGACUUCUCACCUCUUGGCAGCAACAAAAGGCAGCUAGAAAAUAAGACUGUCUGCUUUUGGAGAGACUGGCUAAUUGAUGUUAAAGAAGGUGACUGCAAUCCCUUGACAUUGGAAAUGGUGCUGGAAUUUGCUUCUGGAGCCUCAUCAGUGCCUCCACUUGGAUUCCCCCAUCAGCCUAAAAUCGAAUUUCUCCAUACCUUUGGUCAAGAAAUCAGAAUUUUUCCAGAGGCCAACACAUGCCUCAUUGUUCUUAGACUUCCAAUGCACAAUACUUACGAAUCCUUUAGAACCUACAUGACUGAAGGUAUUUUGCAGUCGCCAACUUUUGGCACAAUGUAAGUAUCCACAUACCUUGUUCAUGUAAGGGUGAUAAAUGAACGAGUUCAUGUUUCAACAUAGUUUUACAAAUGAUUAAAUCAAUUGUUAACAUAUUUUCACCCUUAUUCCAACUUAUACAACUUUUUACUGUUGUACCAUUCUUUUCCUUUAACUGCAAAAAAGCUUU